AUGGUGAAAACCCUUGAUCGGAACUCAACAUACGAGAUAGCCAAACGAUCGCACAAUUGGUUGAAAUUGAAAAAAGACUAUUUGGAUAAUGUGGGUGACACGUUGGACCUGGUGGUCAUUGGUGGAUUUCACGGGACCGGAAAACGCGCCGGACGCUACGGAGGAUUCCUGCUGGCGUGUUACGAUUCAGACGCUGAAGAAUAUCAAACAAUUUGUAAGUUUAGAGUCAUUUUAGCCACUCAAUCUUCCACAUCACCUUUGGCGGACCCUGAAAAGGGAAUUUCACUUCGUUUCCCUCGAUUUUUACGCAUUCGUGACGACAAAAAGCCGGAAGAUGCUACUUCAGCGCAACAGGUAAGCAACCCAAUCAUCCGUGUCCAAAACGGACUGAUCUGUUUUCCAGGUGUACGAGUUCUACAAGAGUCAGGAACAAAUCAAAAACCAGGAGGCGGAUGUGCUUUUGUGCCCAGAUACUUUUCGACCAGCUUGGCCAAGAACACACUUUGA